UUGCCUCCCUUGUCCACCUCUUCGGUGUUUCGAAAAUGGCGACUACCGAUCCACGAGAACAGGCAUUGGGGGACUACAGAAGAAAGCUCCUUGAACACAAGGAGCUGGAAGCUCGUCUAAAAGAGAUGAGAGAAAAUUCCAAAGAACUUACAAAGCAGUAUGAUAAAUCAGAAAAUGAUUUAAAAGCUCUUCAGAGUGUUGGACAGAUUGUUGGAGAAGUACUAAAACAGCUGACAGAAGAUAAAUUCAUCGUUAAAGCUACAAAUGGACCAAGAUAUGUUGUUGGUUGUCGCCGCCAACUGGACAAAACCAAACUCAAGCAGGGAACCCGUGUGGCCCUGGAUAUGACAACACUGACUGUCAUGAGAUACCUACCCCGCGAAGUUGAUCCUCUGGUCUACAACAUGUCUAUGGAAGAUCCUGGAGAUGUCAGCUACAACCAGAUCGGUGGUCUUGGUGAACAAAUAAGAGAGCUUCGAGAGGUUAUAGAGCUGCCACUGUUGAACCCCGAGCUGUUCCAGAGAGUUGGUAUCACCCCGCCAAAAGGCUGUCUUCUUUAUGGGCCCCCUGGCACAGGAAAAACUCUCCUCGCUCGAGCUGUUGCCAGUCAGCUGGACGCCAACUUCUUAAAGGUUGUAUCAAGUGCUAUUGUUGACAAAUAUAUCGGAGAGAGUGCAAGAUUGAUCCGAGAGAUGUUUGCCUUUGCCAGAGAUCACGAACCCUGUAUCAUAUUUAUGGAUGAAAUAGAUGCUAUUGGUGGGAGGAGAUUUUCAGAGGGAACAUCUGCAGACAGAGAAAUACAAAGAACGCUAAUGGAGUUGUUGAACCAGAUGGAUGGGUUUGAUGCACUAGGACAAGUGAAAAUGAUAAUGGCAACAAACCGACCAGACACACUAGAUCCUGCCUUGUUACGACCAGGACGUUUAGACAGGAAGAUUGAAAUCUCAUUGCCUAAUGAACAGUCAAGAUUAGAAAUUAUGAAAAUCCACGCACAGCCUAUAGCAAAACAUGGGGAAAUAGAUUGGGAAGCAGUGGUCAAAUUGUCUGACGAUUUUAAUGGAGCUGAUUUGAGAAAUGUUUGCACAGAAGCAGGUAUGUUUGCUAUUCGAGCUGAGCGCGACUAUGUGAUAGAAGAGGAUUUCAUGAAAGCUGUUCGAAAAGUUGGUGACAACAAGAAAUUGGAAUCUAAAUUGGACUACAAACCCCUCUAAAUAUUUCCUAGAUUUUCAACCACUGUGAAUGUCAUGUUUCAUCUGUGGAUAAAAAAAAGUGACAAUAUACUUUGAAAUGAACAUUAAUACUUAUUUGACUCAUUAUCUGUGUGAAACGAUGAACUUCACAUGAUUUACAUUUAAAAUGUUGCAUUGAAUAAAUACAUGUAAAAGUU